AUGUCUCUCCCCUCCAACGUCCACGUCUCGCAGCAUCCGUGCCUCCGCGCCAAGCUGAGCCAGCUCCGCUCCGGCACCACGAGCUCCAAGGAGGUGAAAUCACUGGUCCACGAGAUCGCCCUCAUUGUCGGCUGCGAGGCGCUGGCGGCUGCUGUGUCUACUUCGCCGGGUCCCAAGGACAAAACACCCCUCGGGUUCGAGUACGAGACAACGGUCGUCACACCUGAGACGAUAUCAAUCGUGCCUAUCCUGCGGUCCGGCCUGGGCAUGGUAGAAGCCAUCCAAACCCUCCUACCAACCCCCGUUCCCGUCCACCACCUCGGCCUCUACCGUGAGCCCACCACCCUCGAACCAGUCGAGUACUACAACAACCUGCCCGAACACAUCGCCUCCUCCUCGACUUCGACCGCCACCGCCUCCCUCGCCAUCAUCCUCGAUCCUGUCAUCGCAACAGGAGGCACAUGCGCCGCCGCCAUCCAGACCCUUCGCGAGUGGGGCGCCGAGAGGAUUGUCGUCCUGUCCGUCCUCGGUGCCCAGCCGGGCGUGCAGCGGGCUGCGGCCGAGUGGCCCCAGGGCGUGGAUAUAUGGCUUGCCGCUGUGGAUAGCGAGUUGACGCCCGAGGGUAUGCUGAAACCUGGGCUGGGAGACGUUGGGGAUAGACUGUUUUUGACCAUUGGGAAGUAG